AUGAAAAUAAAAUCAAAAAGCAAGCAAUCCGAAGAAUCCACGGAUGCAUUAAGUUCCAUUAAUUUUUUUAAGAAUAGGAAAGUUGAUGUUAAAACAAGUACGAAUACAGAAAUUCUUCCAACUGUACAAGAUAAAGGUGGAAGUGAUCAAUCUAUGUGGAGAACUACGAGUGUAGAAAUUUCAAAUCUUUAUCAGAGAGUAAAAAGUGGGCAAAUACUUAAAAAGACAGAUAAAGAUGAAUAUUUACCAUCAAGAUUUCUAGGAACUGACAACAAAUGGUUUUUAACGCCCGGAAUGAAGUACAUAGAAGGGUUACAUUUGGAUCUAAUGAUUUCUGAGAUAUUUCUUGAAAUAUCUAAAAAGCAGAUCUUAAACGAUAAAACGAUACAUUUACUUAUUCAAUGUAUAGAUAGUCUCGACGGACUCGAAUGGAAAAUUCUCGGUGGGCCCACUGGAAGAGCAAGUGCUAUAAUGAACUAUUCACUUUUUCUUAAAGCUGCUCUUUUUCCUUUACAUAUUCUACAAUUACUUAAAGGUGGUUUUGCUGUAAAUGAAGACGAUAUAUCCGAAAGAUUAACAUCUAAAUUAAAAGCCAUAAGAAUUAAUGCUAUAUCAGCCAUUUAUAAUUGUAUGACACGAAAUAAGGGGAUUAUAACAGAUGAACGAUUGAAUCAUAUUCAAAAAUAUAUAGACGACGAUGAGAAGGAAUUUAAAAAUUGGAUCAUUCAAAUAUUAGUUUUGAUUGAAGAUAAUAAGAAUGUUGAUUAUGCGAAAGUAUUCAGUGAAUGUUUGAAACAGUUAGAACAAGCUGAAAAUAUAAUUCAUCCCAUCAGUUAUAUUUACGAACAGAGUAAAGAUGUGAAUAGAUGUAAAGAAUUAUUUGAUGAAAACUCAAUAACGAUAAUUAGUAGUGUAUUUGCCAAACAGGAUUUAAGUCACCAUGAUAAGUUAAUUGUCUGUUCGAUAAUAAACAAUUAUCUUCAAUCUAGUUACCGUAAAGGUUUGAACAAAAUUCAACUUAGAAAUUAUGCUACUCUAUUGCAUUGUUCGCAAGAGAGCGAAGAUUUAAAACUUGAAGCAUUAAAAUCUAUUGUCUUAACUGUCGAGAAAGAGAAAAUGUUACCGGAAUUUAUAAUGGAAAUUCUCAUUGAAAAUAUGAAUAAAGGUGAUGAUAAAUUUGAUAAUUUCGUUAUUCUAGUCCUGGGGAUUGUUGCUGAACAACAAGCAAUAUUCAAGGUAGAUCGCCUAGCAAGUAAAUUGUUAGAAGACAGUAUUAUAAUUAGAGACGAAGUUGAUAUUAUUUUUGAAAAGGCUUCUGAAUAUAAUCUUGAUUGUCAAUGGAUUUCGUCCAUAGUCGCUCAAAUGUUUGUUACAUCUUUGCAGAAAAAGACUAGAAUAAAUGAUCAAAGUAUUGACUAUCUUGUUAAAUCACUCGAGAGUAAAGAUAAACAAACUUGUAUUCUAUCAGCGAAAUCAUUAUAUUUAGCUGCAGAAACUCAUGAAAUAAAGGAUCCAAUUCUAUUUGAACUAAAAGAACAUAUAGAAAGUCGUAUAUAUGAUGUUUCUGUUUAUUUGACCUUAGCUUAUGUUCGAGGUUUAGCGACAUUAUCAUCGUCGUACGGCUUUAUCGCAGCAAGUCAUGUUAGUUAUUUACCAAGAAUAUAUGUAUGUGAAGAUUUACAAUUAGGCGAAGAAAAUUUUGCAGAUAAAGUCAAUAAAGAAAUUCUAUUUUUACUAUAUAACGAAGCUGCAAAUAAUCCAUUUGAAGAUGAUGUUUUCCGAAUUUUCGAUCAUAUUCUAUUGCUCGAAAAUGAGUAUCAAGUUGAAGCCAUUGAAAUAUUACGUAAAUACUCAGCAAAUAAAUUUCUCAUUCCAGAUGAUACUGUAUCAGCACUAGAAAAUGUCGUUACGACACCUGAAUUAUUUAAUCAAGUUUUUCAAGUGAUUGAAAAUAUAAUUCAUAAUAAACAGAUCGUUAGUGAAAACAUUCUCCGCAUCAUUGCCGAUAAUUUUUAUUUAUCACACGAUAAUAAAUUAAGAGAGAGUUCCUAUCAUCUGCUGGAUAUGGCUAAUGAUAAUCAAGAUAUAUCUGAAGCAAUUUUCAAUAUAUUCGAAUUAGAAAAGGCUAGUCGCGCUAUCAUUUCAUAUUACUUAGAAGCUAAGUGUGCUAUUGUUUAUUUACUUGAGAAAACAAAGACUGGACAUUGA